AUGAGCCCAACCAUCUCUUACAAGGACAGCAGCCGGCAGCGCCGGCCUGGCAGCUACCACCAGUCCAUGGACAUGGAGAUCAAGCCUCCACCACCAGCUCUGUACAUGGAUAAUCACACUGAAAGACUAGGAGAAGAUGACACAGAGGCACUGCUCCAGGAGCAUAACUCACCAUCCUACAUGGUGCCCCGGGGAUAUCGGGCAGAACUGGGUAGUAUCCUGCUCCUCCUUUUUCUCUAUGUACUACAGGGUAUCCCAUUGGGGCUGGCAGGCAGCAUCCCACUCAUCUUGCAGAGCAAGAAUGUCAGCUAUAAGGACCAGGCUUUUUUCAGCUUUGUCUUUUGGCCUUUCAGUCUCAAGCUGCUCUGGGCCCCAUUGGUGGAUGCAGUCUAUUUCAAGAGCUUUGGCCGCCGCAAGUCCUGGCUUGUGCCCACUCAGUACAUCCUGGGGUUUUUUAUGAUGUACCUGUCCACACAGGUAGACUUCCUGUUAGGCGAUGUGGAGGGCAAGAGUCCUGAUGUGGUGGCCCUCACCGUGACUUUCUUUUUGUUUGAGUUCCUGGCCGCCACACAGGACAUUGCUGUGGAUGGCUGGGCACUGACUAUGUUGUCCCGGGAAAAUGUGGGCUAUGCUUCCACUUGUAACUCUGUUGGCCAAACAGCUGGUUAUUUUUUGGGAAAUGUCUUGUUCUUGGCCCUUGAAUCUGCCUCCUUCUGUAACAAAUAUUUGCGGUUUCAACCUCAACCCAAAGGAAUUGUUACCCUUUCAGAUUUCCUAUUUUUCUGGGGAGCUGUCUUCUUAAUAACUACUACUUUAGUGGCCCUCUUGAAAAAGGAAAACAAGGAAGUAACACCAUCAAAAGAAGAAACAAAAGGCAUCACUGAUACAUACAAACUGCUCUUCUCGAUAGUAAGAAUGCCAGCAGUUCUUACUUUCUGUGUCCUGAUUUUAACAGCAAAAGUUGGCUUCUCAGCAGCGGAUGCAGUAACAGGACUUAAAUUGGUGGAAGAAGGAGUACCUAAAGAACACUUAGCUCUACUAGCUGUUCCAAUAGUACCUUUACAGAUAAUAUUGCCUCUGAUCAUCAGCAAAUACACAGCAGGUCCACAGCCACUGAACACAUUUUACAAAGCUAUGCCUUUUAGGUUACUGAUAGGCUUGGAAUUUGCUCUUUUGGUUUGGUGGACUCCUAAAGUACAACAUGAAGGAGGAUUUCCUAUCUAUUACUAUAUUGUGGUGUUGCUGAGUUAUGCUUUACAUCAGAUUACGUUGUACAGCAUGUAUGUUGCUAUAAUGGCUUUCAAUGCCAAAGUUAGUGAUCCACUGAUUGGAGGAACAUAUAUGACACUUCUAAAUACUGUGUCGAAUCUGGGAGGAAACUGGCCUGCCACGGUAGCUCUUUGGCUUGUUGAUCCGCUUACAGUGAAAGAGUGUAUAGGCGCACAGGAACAGAGUUGUGGAACUACAGCUGCUGCAGAACUCUGUACAAAACUUGGUGGCUCUUGUGUUACGACCCUGGAUGGUUAUUAUGUAGAAUCCAUAAUAUGCGUUGCUCUGGGAUUUGUCUGGUGGUUCCUCCUUGGGCCAAAACUUAAAAAGCUGCAAGAUGAAGGACAAUCUUCAUGGAAAUGCAAGAGGACCAAUUGA